AUGGAAAGAGUUGACGAACUCGAUGCCAUCAAAGAUUAUCUCACCGAACUUAAUCGUUCAGCACAGAGCUUACAAAAUGCGAAUUACCACCGCAGUGUGUUGAGGGAUACAUCAAGGAAGGACAAAAAUGAGAAGAACCCUUUUCUCCGGUGCAUACAAAUGAAGAGAGAUGUGGAAAAUCAAUUCAGGUGCAUCGACCUUGUUAGUCAUUCGAAGAACGCAGAAAGUGUGAGUACGUCAGAUGACCCCUCUGAGGGGGAAAGGCAAAGUAGGGGAGGCAAUCCAACAGUGAGGGCACCACAAAACCAUCAACGAAGAAAAACAAAAAAAACCUCGCAACCAAAGGAAGGGGAAAAAAAAAAAAAAGACAUCCGCUUCUCACUUGAGAAUAGGAGCAGUAUGCAUGACAGGAACCAAUGUGUGGAAGCCAACGGUUGUGAAGUUUCUCGUUACGGAAAGGUUGAUACACAGACGAGGCUCAUUCCGUGUCAAAUGGGGAGGAAGGGAGAGGAGGCUGAAUAUGGAAAAAUGGGGAUCUGUGCAUUCAGAAAAGGGGAUAACGAACCUGGUAAAUCCAUCCUCUGCACAGAUCAACGAAAGGAAGCCAAAACAGAUCAAACAAAGCAGAUGAAGCACACCGAGCACACAGCGAAGUUCUCAAACGAUCGGGAACGGGAACUCUUCCAGUAUCUAAUUGCAAAGGCAAAUGAUGAAAUCGAAAAUAUCAGCCUGAACUUGAAGAAGAAGUGUGAGGAAGAAUUGAUGAGCAGAGUAGACAAUAUAAAAUCGUCAUACGAAGGUAGGAUAAAAAAGUUAUCCAAGGCGAAGAAAUGUCUUUCUGAGGAAAAGGAACAAAUGGAGAAGGAUGAUAAGUACAACAAGGAGGUCAUCAAAAAAUUGGAAAAAAAAAAAAUAUUCCUGUUACGCGAGAUGGAAGAAUUAAAAAAAAAAUACGACCUUGUUUGUAACGCAACAUUGCAAAAGGAUGUGCUAAAAUGGAAUACUGAUCAAAUGGGAAUGAGAACAGUGAGAGAUGGACUUUAUCGAGAAGACCAUCUUAUUAGGGAUUAUGAAAAGAAGAUAAACAAGCUAAAGGAGCAACUAAACCAAAGCAAUUCAGAAUGCUUAUCUUUUAAAAACAUGUGGGAAGGACAUGGAAGGCAGUUGCAUCUGCGACAGGAGGAAGUGAGUGACCUACAGCGGGAAAUGCACAAGAGCCUUACCUCCAAAAAGGAAAUGGAAGAAAAAUGGACCCACCUGAAAGGGGAAAAUUUUAAGAUGGAGGCAGAGAAUGACCGCCUGCGUGCCGAACUGAAGAAGGCCAAGUUGAACUUCCAGAAGUUGGAAGAAGACCAUGCAGACGUCUGCCAGAACAAGGAUCACCUCCUCGCGUGCUACAAAAUAGAGGAAAAAAAGUUGAAAGAAGAUGUGCAAAAUUACAAAAUGAAGUGCGCCUUGCUGGAAAAUAGAAAUCAGGAGCAGUUAUUCGAAAAGAAGUGCAAAAUGCUGGAAAGCGCGCUGAAAGAUGUUGAAAAUGAGAAGAGUAUUUGUGAAAGGAUCUGCGAAAAGAACGAAAACAUACAGAGAGACAUGCUAAUCGAAAUAAAGAGCCUAAAGAAUGAACUGUAUGAGUGCAGAAAUAAAGCUUACAAAAUUAGUAAAUAUGGAGUUAACAGUCCGCAGGGGAAAAUAUUUUAUGGAUUUUCGAAUGAGAUGGACGCAAAAGGGGUAGACUCUUCCUAUGAUGGAUCAGUUAGACGCGAAAGAGAAUCAUCACUUAUGAGGCAAGACAUACUCGGAAAGGACGAACAAUUCCCAGUAGAACAAGACACAACGCAGAGAAUAAAAUCCAUAGAGAAACAACUUACACUGCUAAAGCUUGAACGUAGUAACAAGGAAGCGGAAUUAAAAAAAUGUCCAAAGCAUGGGGGAAGAACAGAAGAAGUGCGAAGAAGGGAAUGUCUCACGAAGAGGAUCCAAUGCAUCGAUGAAAAAAUAAAAAUGCUUUAUGGGACUUUAAAAAUGCUUCAAAUGAGCACCGGCGAUGACGUUACGUGA